UAACAAUUAAUAUCUCAUUUGUAGGAACCGAACCGAAGCGGGUUAUAACGGUUCGGUUCGUCGUUCCUAUAAAAAAAUAUGUGCAUAGAACCGUUAAGGAACCGUUAUUAAAAAAACAAAAAAAAAUAAUAUUAGUAGUAGUAGUAACAAUAAUAAUAAUGCUAAUAAUAAUAAUAUAAUAACAAUAAUAACCACCACCACAACAAUAAUAUCAAAACAAUAUAAGAUAUUUAACUAACAAUUCUAAUUUAAUCAACGAAAACAAAGUAAUAAAUCCUUAUACUUAAUCCUUAUACUUAAUUAAUAAGUUAAUAGCGAUACAAAUCAAUCUUCACCCUUUAUUUAUAUAUAGAAAUGAUCCGAACCGUUCACCUUUUUUUUUUGGAAGAAUCCGAACCGUUCACCUUAAAAAAUCAUCUUUCUUUUUCCUUUUCUCAAUUUCUUUCCAUCCUCACCGAUCGUUCACAUCCGUCCGCCUUCUCAUCUGUAGGUUGUAGCAUCACCCGCGAACUGCAAACACCACAAGCAGCCACCUCCGUACCUCUUCACAUCCAGUUCAACAGGCAGGAAUGAUCGAGUCGCCGGAAUCACCAGGGGCAGCGGCUCUUCCCUCUUUCAACCGUCCUUCUAAAAUACGUAGAACCGCUCAAUCUGUCACCGUUUAUGUUGUUCCGCAUACACCCUCUAAUUCUCCUUCAGAUAGCUACAAUCUCAUUAUCUUCUACUACGUAUCAUCUUCCAUCUCUAAUUAAAUGCCGCACGUUUCAGGCUCAUGAGGUAAACUGAUUCCGCUUUUUUUUUUUUCUUUCUUAGAGCAACUCCACCAAGCACCAAAUCUUAGACCAAAAUUGUGGAUUUGCCAAAAAAUGCUCCAAUAGUCACACCAUCUCUUACAUCAUUUCACCAUUUUGGGGGAGAGGUUUUGGCUUCACGCCAUAUAUGGCGUACGCCAUACGCAACACCAUCUUCUUUUUUUAAUUUUUUUUAUUUCAAAUGUGACCCAAAGUUUUGAUUGUUAUAGUUUUGACCCAUUUCUAAAAGGGAAAAGGUGCAAAUAGGUCCAUGUACUAACAAAAAAGGGUCAAAUAAGCCCUUAUCUAGGAGACUCUGUCUGGACGUCGUCAUUUGAAGUGGUUCCUGGUGGAAUUUUUUGAUGAAAUUUUUUGAACAUCUUAUUCAUUAGUCUAGUUUACUCAUAUCAAAUUUCAGCUAAAACUUCAAUCGGAAAGGCAUUCAAAUGAAUUGUUGAAAAUAAAUGCGCAGUUAGAAGCACAAUUAUCUUCAAGAAUUCAUUUGAAUGCCUUCCCGAUUGAAGUUUUAGCUGAAAUUUGGUAUGAGUAAACUAGACUUGAUGAAUAAGAUGCUCAAAAAAAUUCAUCAAAAAAUUCAACCGGGAACCACCCCAAAUGACGACGGCCAGACAGAGCCUCCUAAAUAAGGACUUAUUUGACCUUUUUUGGUUAGUACAUGAGCCUAUUUGCACCUUUUCCCUUUCUAAAACAACAAAUUAGGAUAUUUUUACUUGGACUGAAAUUUGUUGGUCUGCUCUGGUCUGGUCUGAUUUGGUCUGGUCUGGUCUGAACUGAUGUGGUCUAGUCUGAUUUUUUUGUAUUUUUAUAACUACUCAAGUCUAGUCUAAUCCGGUCUGAUCUGAUUUGAAACAAAUUACCGUCCAAGUAAAAACAUCCUUAUAGAACAACAAAUUUGUGAAAUGUUGAUUAUUGUAAUAUUUAAUUUUAUGUGGUUUAGCUUGUAUUUGUGAAAUAUUGAUUAUUGUAUUUUUAGUGAAAUGCGUGAAAAUACAUAUUAAAAUGGUGUAUUUUAGUUUGUAUGUGUGAAAUAAUGUAUGAAAUGUCAAAAUAUUAAAUGAGGGGCUAAUGUUAAAUACGAAGUAUAUGAUAAUUAGAUACUUAAAUAUAAGAAUGGUAAAAAGUUAGUAAAAAGAAUAAAAAGAGAAUAUCCCUUUUUGGUGAUGAAAAUGGUGUAAAUUGUUGGAGAUAAAAUACUUUAUGAUGUGAUGUUUACACCAUUUUAGUGUAAAAAUGGUGUAAACUGUUGGAGAUGACCUUAAAUUAUCAACUUUUAAUACCUUUGCUCAAUACUUCCGAUUGAAUUUCCAUCUCAAUCCAGGUUUCGAGAAAUACAUUUUCUGUUUCAUCUGAUCCAAUUCCGCCUCAAUCUAGGGUUCGUUCACUACAUUUUUUGUUUCAUUUGGUUAUAAACAUCUUAUCUGAUUUGGUUUGCAUCCAUUACUUCAGAGAUUAGCCUCAAUAUGAUUCUUCUAUGAAUAGUAGAUUCUUCGAUGAAUAGUGGAUUCUUUUGUCUUCAAUUAUUAAUUUGAUUUGUAAAAUGAAACUCUUUAAGCAGCACUCAAGAAUUUCUUUUGCUUCUCCAAUUAUAAUUCGAAUCAGUACGCAUCUAUUACCCUCGUACAAGUUUCUGAGUUGUUAUUAGUCUUUUUGUAUUGUUGUAUAUACUUUAAACUAUGUUCUAUACGCAAAGUUAGCUUAAAGCUUGAUCUGACUUUGCUAACUUUUUCAUGGAACACAUAAUGGAAGAUUGUUUUUUAUCUUCUUUUCUUGGUUUAUGGAAUACGGAUACUUGUGUAACAACUAUUACGUACUACCUCCAUCCCCUAAGUUUGGAACAAAGGAGUGUGGUGUGGUUUUUAAGAAAAAGUAGAAUUGUGUUGUUGGUAUUGAAUUGAUAAAGUGUUAAUUAAGUAAGAAUGAAUUCUAACCCCUCAAAUAUUACCAAAUAUGAUAUGAGACAAACUUAGUGGGACGGAUGAAAAAGGUAAAACGGGAAAAACUUAGGGAGCGGAGGGAGUAUUUGUUAAUGGAAUUUGUUUUUGUUUUUCAUUAAAAAAAUGUCAAUGUAUUUGUGACAAAUGUCUUCAAAUGUCUUUUCUAAAAGCAUAGAACUAAAAAAAAUGCCUUAACUCUUUGACCCUACUUGAAAAGUUGAAAUGUAUAGUACCGUGUAAAUCUUCAUUAUUUUAAUUUGCGUAGCUUGGCAACUAUACAUUUAGCUUGGCAAAUCUUCUUGAUUAUGAUAUUACAUUCUAAUAACUAAUAGUCAUAUUUGUGUAAAUAAGUUUUAUUUUAAUACAUAGUAAUAUUUUGGUAAAAAUCCCUUACUUUUUCUUAGUAUAUACGUAUUUUGUUUACUUUUGUUAUUUUCAAUGUAUCAUUAUUAUUUUACUUUUGUUACUUUCAAUAUAUUAUUAUUAUUUUCAAAAAGAUGAGUCAUUGUUUUAUUUUUGUUAUUUUCAAUAUAUUUAUAUUGUUAAUUAGUAAUGGUGUUAUAUUAUUUUAUUUAAUACGGCCAGAGUAUUAUUUUUAUGUUGUUGCUUUCAAAUUAAUUUUUAGUUGCUCUCCACAUCCUAUUUAUUUGAAAAAAUUACAAAUAUAUUACUACUUUAAACCUUAUUAACAAAUAUAUGACCACCGGUUACUAAAGAGAGUGCACUAACUGCUUUAAUUACUAAAAAAUUGUUGUACCUAUUGUAGUUAGUGAAGAGGGAGUCUAAACUUACAUACAAUUGGUAAUAUAUAGGUAACAAACUCUAUUUAUUUCCAUUUAUAUUCAAGGUUUCUACGAAUAUGAGAAUAAAAUAAAAUGACGUACAAAACAUGUUGUAAUUAUAUUAGACUGGUUGAUUAUAUUGUCAUCCUGAAAUUUUACAUUCAUGUUUAACGUUGUCAAACUUGAAUAUGAAAGUCUUAAUGUUAUUACUGACACUAUUUCUCAAACAUGAUAAUAAUUACUCAUAUUUAAGAACUAGCGAUCCUUCGCGCAAGGCGCGAUAGCUUUUGCCCAAUUUUAAAAUGAUGUUCUUUUUUAUAAAUAGCUAUUUUAUGCGAGAUUGUUAUGAUAUUCUUUAAAAUAGUGUAUGAAAUACCCUAUAUUUUUCACAAAUUGUCAGAUCAAAUAUAUUAAUUUUCAUUUCAAUUAUUAUGUGGAAGUAUUGCUAUUCCAUCAAAGUCAGUUGUAGUGUAUCAUUUAGUGUGAUUUGGUCUCUGUCGUGUCAACCCUCUAGAUUAUCCGUUAAAUCAUGUUGGGUUUUGAUUCAAAUGUUGCUUACUUUUUCAAGAUCUGGAAAUCCAACUCCAUUCGAAUUGAGCCCAAGAAAGAGUGAAUCUCCAAGACCAGGACCUCCUAAUGCUCCACAAACAUUUAGACUAGUAUCCCUAGCCCUAGGUGCUUUUUGGUUAGCAUUUGGAACUCCAUGUUUAGUUAAGUUGCACAAUUUGGAGUAAUAAGAUUUGGUCUAUAUGAUGAUUGAUGUUAUCAAUUUAUGAUUGAGGUCAUGGUGCUAGUAAUUUAGAGUAAUCAGGUGGUUUUCAUCUUCUCUUUCAAUGGCCACUGUAGGUGAAUGAUAUUCAUACAUUAUGGAAAGAGCUAAAAAAAAGAUCACCACUGGACCUUGAAGCAUCUCUUCAUAACCCCUUAUAUAAAUCAGCAUAUAAAUAAUUCAAAACACUUUCAACAAAUGAGUCAACAUAUACGAAGUAUAAUAGCCUUUCACCAUAUAAACCAGCAUGCUCAUAUAUUGCAGCAUAUAAAUCAGCAUAUCUCAGCAUAGAAAUCAGUACAAAAAACACUAUAAUGAAGAGUCCCCAAUCCAAAGUGAAGCUAAUAAUGAACAUACUGCCUUCAGGCCAUUAUGAAGAAAUAAUGAAGUGAAUUGGGGUUCAGUACUACUACACUAAUACUGAUAACAUUAAUAUAGUAAUACAAAGACCACCAAAAAUCCUAUAAUGCUUAAAUCCUUUCAGGCCAUCCUACCCCAAGAUCAAUACUUACAUAUCUUACUAACUCUGUAUCAUCUAUUACCUUAAUAUGUACGAGUAUAAAUUAAGUGGCGUGAGUUUUGUGUAAAAAGAAGGAAUGGCAUGCUAGAUUGGAUUUAAUUAUGAGGCAUCGGUGAAGUAAACUCAUUUUGACUUGAGCUAGUGAGGUAAACAAGUCAAAGUUACUGUCAUUAACAAAUUUCAGUGAUUCCAUUAAAUGUAAUGGAACCAAAUGUGAAGAUAGUGACCGAAAGACACUCACGGCGGACCUGGAAAGAUGUCGUUCUCCCAUUCGCCGGGGGAAAGGGAGCAGUAAUACUUUGAGAACUUGUCACACUCAAGUGCACUGUCACCCUUUGUAGCAAUGCACCUAUGAUAUUAAUCGGGUAAAGCAAUGUCUGCUUUGGUUUGUAGUUGAAUUGGGAACCGAAAUCUGCAGGGGCCAUCUCAAGCUUAAAUCUUAAUCUCUGGGGCCACUUCAUCAGGUUUAAGACCUAAUUUAACAUAUCAAGUUUGAACCAUUGCUAAUAACCUAUGAAGAAAGAUUAAUUGUUGAUCGGAUGAUGAUAAGAAGACCCGACCGAUUGACCUACGAACAUUUCAUGUUUAUUUCAUAACAUUUCCCAGGUAGAAAUUGCAAGAUCCAGAAACCCGAAUGAAAGGCCACUAGUCUCUCCGCGCCGAGCCGCUGCCCAAGUACCACCGCCCAUCAUGGUUGCCGCUUCGCCUUCCGUAACUCCAGGAAAGGGCCACAUCUCUCUCCCGAUCCCAUACCCACUUCCUCCAUCCCGACCCAAAUUCAUACCCAUCGCUGCUUACAGCAUCGCCAGAGACCACUACUCUCUUCAGCAGUAGCAGGUGGGAUGACUGGGCUGCUCUAAUCAAGAAAGUCUUAACAACAUCAGCUGUGGCUCGAUUCCCACUUUCAAAUUUUCAAUUUCUCUUCUUGCUCCCCUAACAAAUAUUGCUCAAAAAACGAAGGGUGGUCUUCAGUACCUAUGACGUCCAUCAAUUCACUCAACAACGGAUGGGUGACGGUGAGAGAUAUGUGGGAUGCGAAUGAAUGAAUCAAAGCAAGGUCGGUAAGACAUACAAGUACCUCCGGAUGAUCGAUAAAUGGGCUCGAAGCUUGAGUUAAGGGAGGAUAAAAUUUGGAGUUAACGGAGGAUAAAAAUUUAACGGCAUUUAAAGGAUAAAAAAGUCAAAUGGG